GGCCGACUCCGUCCGUGAGCUCAGUAGUAAUGAAUGGCAGAUGACUGCGCGCACGCGCUGCCGCACAGAGACAGUUUGCCGGAGAUUUGAACGAGCUCGAGCUCGUGACAGUCAGCAGAGGAAUCUCACCCGCGCGCAUCAAGGCAUCACCAUGACAACGGCGACUCACGCGCAGGAGCUCUUCCGGCGCGCGCAGGCCGUGUGCUUUGACGUGGACAGCACCGUGAUCCGCGAGGAGGGCAUCGACGAGCUCGCGAAGUUCUGCGGCGUCGGGGACGCGGUCACGGAGAUGACCCGGAGUGCCAUGGGCGGCUCCGUCUCGUUCCACACAGCUCUGAGUGAGCGUCUGUCCAUCAUCAAGUGCUCGAGGGAACAGGUCAACAAACUGCUGACGGACCACCCGCCGCAGCUCACGCCGGGGGUCAGGGAGCUGGUGGAGCGUCUUCAUCAGCGCGGCGUGAAGGUCUUCCUCAUCUCCGGCGGCUUCCGCUGCAUUGUCGAACACGUGGCGUCGCAGCUCCACAUUCCCCUGGACCACGUCUACGCAAACCGCCUGAAGUUUUACUUCAACGGCGAGUACGCCGGGUUCGACGAGGCCCAGCCCACGGCGCAGUCGGGGGGGAAGGGCACGGUGAUCCGCAGGCUGAAGGAGCAGCACGGCUUCGAGACGGUGGUGAUGAUCGGAGACGGAGCCACUGAUCUGGAGGCCUGUCCUCCUGCGAGCGCUUUCAUCGGGUUCGGUGGGAACGUGGUGCGGCAGCAGGUGAAGGAGAAGUCCUCGUGGUACGUCACGAGCUUCGGAGAGCUGCUGAAAGAGCUGGAGAAGAUCUAGUGUGGAUGGAGCGCACACACACCUGAGUUAGCACC